UUCCGGGGGCAGCUUCUGUAUAUUUUACCGGAGGAACUUCUUCGGUAUAAAUAUUGAACCAAUUUUUCUGAACAGUAUCAUUCGGAUUGUAUCAGUCCUUACUCAACUAUUCUCCGGAAUCCAUCAAUAUGGCUUUCAAAUUCGUCCUUUUGGCCACGCUGGUCGCUGCCGUUAGUGCCGGAGUCAUCCCACAAUACGGAUACGCCUCAUCGCACCAGACUGUCCAGCAGCAUCACACCCCAUCUUAUCACUCGGUCGCUGCUCCAGUGCACCACGUGGCUGCUGUUCACGCUGCCCCAGUUCAUCAUGUUGCUGCCAUUCAUGCCGCUCCAGCCCAUCACACCAUCGUGAAGGAAGUCGAGCACCACGCCCCGGCCAAUUACGAGUUCGCGUACUCUGUCCACGAUGAGCACACCGGGGACAUCAAGAGCCAGCACGAAACCCGCCACGGAGAUGAGGUCCAUGGACAGUACAGCCUGUUGGAUUCCGAUGGCCAUCAUCGUGUUGUCGACUAUCAUGCCGAUCACCAUUCCGGAUUCAACGCCGUCGUUCGUCGGGAACCAACCCACGUCAAGGUCGCCCAGCCAGUGCACAAGGUCAUCGCUCAGCCAGUGCAUGUUGCCCAUGUUGCUCCAGUUGCCCACCAUCAGCUGUCCCAUCACCAGAUUGCCCCAGUUGUCCACGCCACCAGCAGCCAUCAUGGACUGUCCCAUUACAGCACCGGACAUCAUUACUAAACAUCUCUGGUAUAAUCCCAAAUUGAUGACAGCAACAUAAGGUACCUUAAGUUUUGUAGUUGAUUAUAAAUAAAUUUAAUUGACAAGAUCUUUAAA